AUGGAGCAAACUACAUCGCCUCCGUCAUCGUCUUCCUCGUGCUGUUAUUCGUUAGACAACGGAAAAUCUAGCAGCGUCGCGAUUGCUUCAAUUGAAGAGCUCGUCGUUAGGGUUUACAUCUACUUCAAAUCAAUGCUCAUUGCCGUCAACAGACACAAGUCGGUAUGCGAGCACAUUGGCAAUAUCAUGCGUGACUUGGAUGCUCGAUGGGGAUAUCCUACCGAUCGUAGAAGCUAUAGAUCCAAAGAUCCCAAUGGUUGUCUAGCGCCGAUAUACCCCAACGGAGUUGUGUGCUACUGUGUUGGUGAAUGUACGUGUGCGAAGCAAAGGCUUCUUACGACGGCGAGAUUUCCGGCUUGUUGGGCGGUUCCUCAACCGGCGGUGUUUUAUUCUUUGCUUUCGAACGACAUUCGAGAAUAUUUGAGAUUCUUGGAAAGAAUCAAACCCGAAUCGGUAUCGCAGUUGCGAAACCGAACCGAUGAGCCAGUUAGUACUGAUGAAGCUUUGGCUUGUAUACAACGAUUACAAGGAAUGGCGCCGGCGCUGAAUCCUAUAAAAUUCUCGUGCUCGACGCAAUCAUCGUCGUCAACUUCGCUAGAGCGCACUUCUACAUCGUCGUGUUGCAAAAGCGUAAUAAUGGAGCAUGCUGAUUUUGAUGUAGAUUAUGAAGCUCACAUGUCGUCGGAUGAAGACCUCCGAGCGGAUUACUGCUUCGGUCAUUGUUGUAAAGCAAUUCCGGAGGCUGAAUCGUCUUCGAUCAGUCGCACCAAUUCGGAGACGUCGCUAACGACAAGUGCUUUUCAGUCAAACAUUGAACCGCUUAGUGAAGCGGACCUUUGUUAUAUUGAACAGGCACAUCGCGAUAGCAAAUUAAUCGAAUUAUAUGCAAAUCUCGACUGGAGAUUCUAUAUUUUGCCUAAAACAUCGUUUUGUCUACCGAUAGUUGAACUAGCCAAUGGAUUCGAAAGUCUGAACCCCUGGAGAGUAUCGAGAAAGAAGGUGCAUAAAUCGGCCGGUGAUUCGGAAUGCUCGGAUUCUGCAGCCAUUUCAAGUGACGAUGCUAACGGCGCAGGAAAAACGCCGACACAAACGACGUGGCGUAAUGGUAUUAAGCCGCCACCUCCGCCGACGACGAUUCUCUCGCCAUCCGGUCAAUAUCAGGUGUCACAUAUGGACGUGCUCAGCGAAAAAAUUUGGCACUAUCAUAAUAGUGUAUCGCAAAAAGAAGAGAUGCUGUCUCGAAAGUUGAAUCUCCGAGAUAUGCUUUAUUCGGCUAUCAGUCCAGUGUUCCCAAUGUGCGGAUUAUACGUUGUCGGAUCAUCAUUGAAUGGAUUCGGAAAUAAUUCAUCUGAUAUGGAUUUGUGUUUAAUGAUCACCAAUCGGGAAUUAGAUCAGCGUACAGAUGCGGUUGUUGUCCUGAAUUUGAUUUUGACUACGCUUCAAUAUGAAAAAUUCGUUAGGACUCAAAAGCUCAUUUUAGCCAAGGUGCCAAUAUUACGUAUCCAGUUUGCUGAGCCGUUUUCUGAUAUUACGGUCGAUUUGAAUGCUAACAAUUCGGUAGCAAUAAAAAAUACACAUUUGUUGUGUUAUUACUCGUCUUAUGAUUGGCGUGUUCGUCCCCUUGUCUCUGUUGUGAAAGAAUGGGCAAAGAGAAAGGGAAUAAAUGACGCAAACAAGUCAAGUUUUACAAGUUACUCGUUAGUUUUGAUGGUUAUUCAUUAUUUGCAAUGUGGAACCACUCCGGCGGUUUUGCCAAACCUGCAGAAACUAUACCCACACCGCUUCUCAAACAAGCUCGAUGUUCGAAGUUUGAACAUAACGACGAGUUUAGAGAAUCCGACGAGCGAAUUCCAGCCGGAAGGCGAGGAUACUGCAACAUUGGGACAACUUCUCAUUGGAUUCCUGAACUACUAUGCGAAUAAAUUUGAUUAUGAUCGUGAUGCGAUAUCGAUAAGGCAGGGACAAAAGAUUGAGAGGGCGUCUGUUGCAAGGCCCAAAAAUCUACACGGAUCUGAUUCACCUCCGCCGUCGUCCAGUGCUUCAUCAGUGUCCGUCCAUGGAAGUCAACAUUCGGCUCCGUACCCGACUGCGUGGAGAUCACAAUGGCGUUGCGUCUGCAUUGAGGAGCCGUUUACUAAUUCGAACACCGCUCAUUCGAUUUACGAUGAAAUGGUGUUUGGAGCUAUUAAAGAAGCGUUCCGAGAGGCUCAUACCGAGUUGAGCUUGAACCAUGAUUUGGACCGAUUGCUCGAAUGCUCUCCGAUCAAUGUCUCGAUACCGUGCACUGGAGCUGUUGUAUAUGAUGCUUCUUAUGAAGGUGAUCGGCCGCCAGUUCAUCCCGCACCGCAGCCGCAUCGGUUCUUUAAUAAUUGCAUACCGCCCCAUAUGAAUAUGCCGCCGCAGCCUCCGCAAAUGAUGAAAAAUAUGCGGGUAAUGGCGCCGUUGCAUCCGCAUCGACAUCAAAAUAAUCACCGGCGAUACAAUAAUCAUCAUGCGAAUGGUGGAAGAUCGUCAAGGUCGAAUGAGAAUCAAAUGCAGCGCAGUUUUUCGUCCAAGGAGAAUUCAGUAGGAGCACCGAGUCCGCAACCAUCGAUUGCACCAUCGGCUUCAGUACAAUCGCAUCCACUGACGGAGACGAAAAAAGGACGAAAAAAUUGUGAAAACAAAACUUCCGAUAAAUCACGGUCAUCGCCUGAACCGAAAAAAACAGUUUUUGAUGCUGUGAAGCCGACAUCUUCAGAGACUGAAGUAGCAACACCGGCAGCGACACCAUCGCCAUAA